CGUCGUUCAGGCCGCUGGCACCUUGGCCUUUCUCGACGACAGCGACAGUGACCAAGAGCCCGCACCGCGUCCAACGAGAGGCGACCGUCACCCCAGCCCCGCACCGAGAAAACUGUCCGCGGCGCAGAACACGCGCUCCGCCACCCCUAAAGGCACUCGUUCGCUGACUCCCCGCGGAGCUCGCGAUCAACAAGUAGAACAGCCGCCCCGACACACCGUCGCCUCCGCGUUUGCGGGGACGAAGUACCUCGAAGACAGCUCGUCAGACGAGGACGACGAAGAGCCACCCACGCCACGCAACAACAGCCUCGAGGAAGCCAUUUCCGACGGCCCCCCCAGCCCCGAUCGCUCACGACACGAGGUCAAACGCGUCGACAAGCCCAAGGUGCAAGAUGGAGGAGGGGUCUCCUGGCGCGCCUUUUCGCAAGGAAGAGCCGAGCAGCGCAAUCAAGAGAUCGAAGCCCUCCAGGCUCGCUUUAAGCAACGUGGAAAGAGCAUCGCCUUCGUCUCGCACGCCCUCACAGACGACGGAGAGCGGGUCCCUCUCCAACAUUCACCUGAGCAGACUCUCACUGGAGACAAGCCGGGACCCAAGAAACCCCGCGGAAAGUCGCCGCCCCGACGAGCCAGGGAUGUCGAACCCACCGAGGAUGAGAUGGCAGACGGACCGGGACUCGCCACAUACGAUCCCGUCCAGUUCAAGACCAAUCCAUUCACAGAGCCGGUCCGCAGAACCGCCAGCAAUACCUCGUGAAAUACUCACAACGAGCGACAUGGUGACCGGCCCACAUAUGCCCGCCAUGCCGUCAUUGACAUCCGAAUCCACCAUCUCGCCGUACAGCGAUCACGAAGCCACCUCCUCACCCACCGGCACCGACGAUGGCGGCCUCGAGAACAGCAUUAGCAGUCUCGCGAGCAAGUUCUCCGCGCCGCAAACAAUCCCCGAGGGCGUGCCGAUUGACGUAUCCCUAUCGCCGGUGAUGUCACCAGAGAUGCUCAGUCCCAUCAGCAGAGAUCCCAGCACGCGAUCUCUUCGCUCGUACGCCCGGCGCAUCCCGAAUAGCGGAUCUCGUCGCUCCUCGCGACGCUCCACCUCCGCCAACGCCGCCUCCGCCCCGAGCCCUGCACAGUUGUUUCUGUCCUCGUGGAGCCGGGAUGGUAUGCCGCCCGAACUCGCCGCAGAGCCACGCGCUGACGAUGAAGGCCAAUCCAUCGGGCUCAACAAUGAAUACAUCAUCGGCCGGCAGAUCAACCAAGGCGGGUUUGGCGUGGUAAAGGAGGUCCACACCAUCAACGACGCGGGCGAGCGACUCAUCCGCGCGGUGAAGGUCGUGCGCAAAGCCAUCCCGGGCAAGGAUGAGCCGCAAAACGAUAAGGCACAGCAAGAGCUGGAGCACGAAGUCUCCAUCUGGCGCCACCUGAAACACCGCCACGUCCUCGAGCUACACGCCGUCUACGACACCGACUACGCCACCUUCUGCGUCAUGGACCUCAACAUCGGCGGCACGCUGUUCGACAUUGUGCGCCGCGCCCGCGGCAGCAUCUCCGGUAGCAUCUCCGACCAAUUCCAGCCGCACGACGGGCGCCGAGGCCUGCCCUCCGGCAUCGCUAAGCGCUAUGCCUACCAGCUCGCCUCGGCCCUGCGCUACCUGCACGAGGACAUCCGCGUCUGCCACCGCGACGUGAAGCUCGAAAACUGCCUCGUCGACAUGACGGUGCCGAAUGCAGAGGUCGACGGCGGCUGCCUCCGCCUGUGUGACUUUGGCCUCGCCGACUUCCUGCACAGCGAAGAACUCUCCUCCGCCGCAGGCGACUACGUCAUGAUGGACCCCACGCCCUUCCCCGGGGGCAGCCCGACGCUCCAGCAGCACCACGCCACCACGUCCUCCAUCAUCGGCACGCUGGAGUACGCCAGCCCGAAGGGCUUGAGCGCGCACCGCAAGCUCUUCGAGACGGCCGGCGACGUCUGGGCCUUCGGCGUCAUCGUCUACGUCCUUUGCACCGGCGAGCUGCCUUUCAAACACGCCCUGCCCGCCAAGACGGUCGAGCUGAUCAUGGCGGGCGAGUGGGACGAGAGCGCGCUGUUCGACGCCGCGGCCGGUGGGCCCGAGGUGCGGGAGCUGGUGCGUGGGUGUUUGGAUAAAGAUGUUGAUUUGAGAUUGACUAUAGGAGAGGCGCUGGGCAGUGUGUGGUUUGAGGGGUGUCGGGAGUUGGGUGAGGAGCGCGAGGAGGAAGGGGUGUGGAAUUGAGGCAGGGUUGGAUCGGUCGUUCCGUGUGAUUUGCUUCUUGGCCCUCGCGUGGCUUUUUUGGGGUGGUUUUGCUGUUUGCAAGCGCGGCGUUUCGGGUGAGAUAUGGAUGGAUGUCAGGGAUGGAUG